UCAAAUUUAACCGCACCGUACGUGAAGGCGCAUUGUUUUGUUUUGCGUCAGGAAAAACGUGGAUUCCGAUGAGAAGGCAACAUUUUUCAGAGGUUUUGUUUUGAGUGACCUAUUGUAAAUUGCGAUAAUAAUGAACAAAGAGGAGGAAAGGACGACUAGAGUCACCCGCGGUGCUCUACGGCGACGUUCUGUUGAUCUGGACACAUCCGCUGGAACGGGUACUCCUAAGAAGCCGGCAGUUGGUAAAAAAUUAGCAGUACUGGAUGCCAUACAAGAAGGAAUGAAUGGUUCAGCUGUUUCCGUUACCGAUGACGAUACUACCACCAGAUCCACUAGAAGCAGAAAGGACACUCCCUCGGUGACAAUCAAAACGAACCAGAAAGUGAGAGAUAGAGAGGAACAAACUGGUCGCAGAUCACGUGCUGCUUCACUGUCGGAAGAAAAUUUAGCUUUAUUAGACGCAUCAAUGGAGGUUCGUCGCACCCCACAACGUCGACCUUCGGAAGAUGUUGCUGCGACUCCAAAAACAGCACCACAGUCAAACCGACGGGUCACCCGUCGGAAUAGUGCUACCUCCGAUGAUUUGCCAUCUCUUACUACUCCAACCCUUCCACGAUCUCGUCUCAGCGUUGCUCCGCCAACAAUCGCCGAAGACGACGAGAAGGAGGACACAGCUAAUUGUUCCGCAGAGGCAGAUUUGUCUGAUUUGGACAUACGUAAAUUGCGGAAUAGAUCUAUUUCUAACUCGCCGGUUCCAAGAAACAUAACACCACCAUGCAAGAACACGUCUACAAGUUCGCAAAAUGACAAUACAUCUCCUAUUAAACAGGAAAACGUGGAUAUUGCGGAUACUCUAGCAUCACCACAAAACAAUGAAACUAGUAUCAACAGUAACACUUCGGCCAAGGAACUCAAAGUCUUAGUGACGGACAUUUCUAAUGAAGAAGUUCAAACACAUAACACCAGUAGCUCGGCGCAGAAGGACACAUUGAACCGAACCGAUGAGGCAAUUACUCCAAUCAAGGGAACGAAUUCCAGUCAGCAGCAAACAGUAACAUCAUCUAGUAACAAGUUGCUCGUAAGGAAUGUCACAUUCGACGAACAAACCACAUCGGACUGUCAAGAUCAUAGUUCGUAUCCCAAAACCCCGAUCGUAGCUGCCGAUAAGAAGGCUUUGAGGUUUAACGUAAAGAGGGCAGAUUCAGGGGAUGACCCGGCGGUGCCAAAGUCGACGUCAGAUAUGUUUGAGAUAGCAGAAACAGACACGGAAUCACCGACGAUGGAGGAUACGACUCGUAAGGUAGAAUCGGAAAAUGUUGCAAGCUCACAGCCUUCGAAUGUAACCAAGGAUCCAAUCGGUGAGCAGCUAGAUACUAGUGUGGAUGCUUCGUUGGCAAACAUUGUGGACGAUGUUAAAGAAAAUUUGAAACAGGUCGAUCUGUCGAUGAGCAUUUUGGAAACACCUAGAAAACCGGAGAAGCCCAAGUCUCGUUUCCCCCGUCUACGCGAAGGAUCUAGCAGCACACCGGUACCCUCACCAUUGGUGGGAUCUCCGAAAAAAUCGCUGCAAGUCAUUGAAUCACCUAAAGCGUUAGACAACGAAACACCUGAGGCGGACAAAUGUGACGAUCAGGUGAACGAUUCAAAGCUUGCCAAAUCUUGGAGUCAUGCCGUAAAGGGAACCAGUGGCCAGGGCAUUGAUGUUUUCAGUGUACGAAAGCAGGAGGAACAAGAUCGACGGGAUGAAGAAGCCCAUAAGUUGAAUGAAUCAUUAAAACGCAAAUCACUUGAAACGUCAAAGAAAAUUGAACACGACGAAGAGGAAGAGUCGGAGACAUCUAGGCGGAAUAGCUUAGUGGACGAUGAAGCAAUGGAAGCGGAUGGCUACCAGUCAGGUGAUUCUUUGGAUAGCGAAACUCGAGCUGAAAUGGAAGAUAAUGAAAUUCCGGUGGACGGAGAAAGCAUUGGUAGCCAGGAUAGCGAAAAAAGUGCUGAUAUCGACGAGGACGGUGAGGAAGAAGAAAAUGAAAACGAUUCAUUCAUUGUGACUGACGAGGAGGAUUCAAAUUUGCUGGAUGGUUCGGGUGAUGAUUUAGCGAUAAACGAAGAACCCGUAAGUUCAAACAAAAGAAGACGUAUCAUUCAACCAGUGGAUUCUAGUGACGACGAAAAUCAAGAUACUGGAAAAGAGGCUGCGGAUAUUAAUCUGGACAAAUCAAAUACUGCUUCGAAUGAUAAUGUCUCGACUGUACAAGUGAACUCGUCGACAGAGUAUUCCGAGAAUGAUUCAGUAGGGGAAGUUAAAUCGCCUCAAAUUUCGCCAGAGAAAUCAGUUUCCCAAAGUCCAGUAAUCAAAAAAUCCAAUGCAGACAACCAUGUGAACCACAGCGGAGAAUCUCCAAAAUCGCGCAAAUCUUUACCAACACCCGCAUUGAUUUCCGCUGAUUUCUAUGCAUCUGCGUCGAAAAAAGCCAAACGCAACACGAUUAAUCCAAUGAUUCCGGAAGAUACGGCACCAGAGAAACCUACAAAACUGGAAACUAAUCGUAAAUCCCCUGGAUUGGUUGCCAAUCCGGCAGCAAUGGCACAAGCGAGAAAAAAUAAACGACUUUCACUAGAUCCAACCACAUCUGCCAACAAAUCGGACAAGCGUUCAUCGCUACCGAGUAAAUUGCCGCAGGAUAAGGACGUAAGUUCGCCGCUGAAACGAAAAACCGAUAAAUCCGUUUCGAAAGAACCGAAUGCAGUGCCCGAAGCGGUUGAAGAAGUUUUAGCCGAAGCGGAUGAAGAAGUUUCAGCCGAAGCGGAUAAGGAGGAUUCAGCCGAAGUUGAACCUAUGGAAGUUGAUGACUGUCUUGAAGAAUCCACCCAUAGUGAGAUGGAAAAGGUCGUUAAGAUCGCUAUGAAGAAGCCAAAAGAUAUCACCGAAUUCGACCAUGAUACCAUUUUGUCCCGUUGUAAUGAAAUUGUUCGGGCUGAUAAGGAGCGAAAGAAGCAGAGCGCCACACUGCGGCAGAAAAAGAAGGAUGAAAAACGUCUCCUUCGCGAGCAGCAACAGCUGGAUGAUUCAACAGAGGUAAACGACAAAUCAAUGGAACAGCCGAAAAAGAAGAAAAAGAAGAAGCUGGUCAACUACCUACUAGAGGAGCUCGGUGAAACCAAGGAGCAACAGCUAGCACGAGCUCUGCAGCGCAAAGUUGCCCUGCUAGAGGCAAAGCGGGAGCGUAAAAAGGCCAAAAAGGCGGCCAAACUACAGCAGCAACUUAACAAAGAAAAUCAAAACGGCCACCUGAAGGAAGGUAUCGGCGCCAAGUUUGAAAAGAAGGCCAAGAAGCAGAAGACGGAGAAGGCGACAAAACUUGCCAAAGUUUUGGCGAAUAUUCCCGCAGUACCGAUAAUUAAAAGAGAUGUGUCCGCCUUUGCCGUAUAUAGUGCUCAAAUAGAAGAGCUAAAGGAGGAACAAAAUUUGGGCAAGAGAAAAAGAAAGCAGAAACGGGAGAAGAAUCAAACGCAAUCGGCUGCGGAAGAGGUACAAAUGGCUUUCCAACCCGAUCCCAUUCAGGUGAAGAAGAAAAAAAAGCCAAACAAUGAUUCGGAAGAAACAACUAAACCCGAAUCCUCUUGCGAGAGCGCUUCUGCUUCCAAGGCCGAAGAAAAGCACACCAAGACAAAGAAAACUGAGAAAAGCGUGAAAAAAUCAAAACAAAAUGAACAUGAACAACUGAACAAGAGCAAACAACUUGCAACUGCAUCCUCUGAACCGAGAGAAAAAUUAUUAAAAUCCAAGGGAAAACCACUAACGCAGGCCGAAACAGCUCCUCUUGAAACAGUUUUAUUAGAUGAAACACUCGUCAAAUUGAAGGAAUCCCUUUCGGAGCCUAUCACAAAGGUAGUAAAAAAACAAAAACUGUCGCAGAAAGAAGUGGCUUCCGUUCGGCAAUUCACAGAAUUAGAAUCAACGCCUCCGCGAAAAACAACCGGUGGAAGCAAACUAAAGGCUCUUAGAUAUUUGGAAUCCGGCUUCACCGAAGAACCUGUGACUCCAGAACAACAGCUGCUGAAACGCAACCGCGGCUUCAAGGAGGAACCGGUCACCCCAAAACCCAUUGGAUUCCGAGUUUCGAGUCUGCUUCCUGCUGGACAGGAAGAACUGCGAAUACAGGCCAUCGAGGCGAAGAAGAAAAAUAAGCUGAUUCAUCCGCACCGAAUCCGACCGGAGGAUGUUGUCGAACCAGCCAAGACGCUGCCACUGCCCAUUUGGACACGCUCGGGAACGUUUGAAGUAGAAGAGGUUAGCGCGAAGGGCCAGAAGAAGAAAACGACCAAGUCAUCCGAUGGUAACUGCAUUCCAGUCAGCGGAUCCGGUAAAACAUCAACUAACUUCUUGGUGAAGCCGCUGGCAUCGAUAAAGCACAAAAGCAGCAGCAUGACUCGCCGCGUCGAGUUGGCUGAAGUGGAGCAGGAUGUAAUCAAUUUCAAGAAACAGGCCAUUCACGUCAAAAAUGCUCAUCUGAGAGAGAAAAAAUCCAAGCUUUGAUUGUUUCAUUUUUGUUUGUAGUUAUGCCUUUUCCCCAAUUUUGCUUUCAUCCAGGAGCUGACAUGAGCAAAAUUCCAUAUUUUAAUUAUUAUUUCGUUCGAAGCGUACAGUACUUGUUUUGUCAUUAUAUUCUAUAUUUUGGAUAA